AUGGCUGUCAAGGCCGAGAAUGUGAAAUGGGUUGAUGGUCUCCGGGGUUUUGCUUCUCUUCUUGUUGUCCUCACACACAUUGCGAGAUCGUGGGACGAAGGUCUCUUCCUACCUGCCGACGCCGAAGGUGCCAAGCCGCGAGUAGCACAAUGGCCCAUCAUCCGGAUUAUGUUCCAAGGAAGAGUAGGAGUUGCGAUAUUCUCUUUGGUGACAGGUUACGUUUGUGCUCUGAAACCGAUACGACAGUGUAGAUCAGGACAGCAAGAAUUGAUGAUGCAGCAACUUGCAAAGAGCGCAUUUAGACGAGUACCAAGACUUAUGCUUCCUACCACGAUCGCUACAAUUCUCAUCUGGUUCGUUACCCAGUUCGGUGUAUUCGAGGUUGCGAAUAGGGUGGAAGGCUGGUGGCUCAAUUAUACUUCGCCGAACAUGACACCGUACAUUGGACAAGCCGUCAUGGAUUUGAUCUUAAACUGUAUCACCACUUGGACGAAGAUGUGGAACGUAUACGACAAAAACCAGUGGACUUUACUUCCUUUGCUCAAGGGUAGCAUGACGGUGUACAUGUUCCUGGUGGCUACAGCAUAUUUGAAACCAAGAUUCAGGAUGAUGGCCGCUUUCGGGUUUUACUUGUACAACUACAUCGGCAAUGAACCUGCCUUUGGAAUGCAAUUCUUCUUUGGUGUCUUCCUUUCCGACCUCUCACAAAGUCCUAGUCACAUCGCUUGGUGCCAAGCUCGCAAAUGGCCACAAAGAUUCCUCGCUCCAAUUCUCAUACUCAUCGGACUUAUCCUCGCUUCCUACCCGGAAAAUCAUGUAGACUGGGUUCACUGGUCCACGAAAAUGGGUCACUGGUCUGUAUUGAUUUUCCCACACGAUAACGAAACGCCACGAGCGUACUCUGGACUCGGUCUCAAUUUUGUCGCUCUCGGCAUCCACUUCUCACCAUCCGCGAAGAAUUUCCUAUCAAACAGAUAUCUCCUUUACUUUGGAAAAAACUCCUUCGCUGUAUACCUUCUCCACGGCAGUCUCCUUCGAACGAUUUUGGUAUGGAUGUAUUAUGGAUUCCAAGUUCCAGCAGAUAUUAUCCAUGAAGAUGGAAAAAGGGAACCUGGACACAACUUUCCCCCACCUUCAAGGGCACGAUUUUGGUGCUGGCUUCCAAUUUGGUUCGUCAUCUUAUACACUGUCGCACAUUACUGGACGAAAUACGUCGAUCCUCUCUGCGCGAAAUUGACAGAACGCUGGGUCAAAUACACAUUCGAAACGCCACAAACCGAUCUCUCGGCUGGCGAAAAACCUAUUCUUCCACAUGCCGUUCAGGUGAGCGAGCUCCCAAAAUAA